UUUCUUUGUAUCAAAACUUUUCCUCUUCACACAAACAACUUCACCUUUGUGUCUCUUAUGGCAUCUUCUUCUGGUAGCUUAGACACCUCUGCAAACUCUUACAACAACUUCACCUUCUCAACACACCCUUUUAUGACCACAUCUUUUUCUGACCUUCUUGCUUCUCCUAUAGAUGACAAGCCUCGUGGCUUGUCAGAUCGUAUAGCUGAGAGAACUGGGUCUGGUGUCCCAAAAUUCAAGUCUAUUCCACCUCCUUCUUUGCCUCUAUCUCCUCCUCCUAUUUCUCCUUCUUCUUACUUUGCUAUUCCACCUGGGUUGAGCCCUGCUGAGCUUCUUGACUCACCGGUUCUCCUUAACUCUUCUAACAUUUUGCCAUCUCCAACAACUGGAGCAUAUGCUGCUCAGAGCUUCAAUUGGAAGAGCAAUUCUGGGGGAAACCAGCAAAUUAUCAAAGAAGAAGACAGAAACUUCUCAAAUUUCUCUUUUCAAACACAACCAGGACCUACUGCGACAUCUUCAGCAACAUUUCAAUCUUCAAAUGUCACAGUUCAAACACAACAGCCAUGGAGUUUUCAGGAAGCCACCAAACAGGAUAGUUUUUCUUCAGGGAAGAGUAUGAUGAAAACUGAAAACUCUUCUUCGAUGCAGAGUUUUUCCCCUGAGAUUGCUAGUGUCCAAACAAACCAUAACAAUGGGUUUCAAUCGGAUUAUAGCAAUUACCAACCACAAGCUCAGACCUUAAGCAGAAGGUCAGAUGAUGGGUACAAUUGGAGGAAAUAUGGGCAAAAACAAGUGAAAGGAAGUGAAAAUCCAAGAAGUUACUAUAAAUGCACAUACCCCAAUUGCCCUACAAAGAAGAAGGUUGAAAGGUCUAUAGAUGGACAAAUUACUGAGAUAGUUUACAAGGGUACUCAUAACCAUCCAAAGCCUCAAUCAACUAGGAGAAACUCAUCAUCUUCCUCUUCUGUUGCAAUCCCUCCUUCAAAUCCCAUCAACACUGAAAUCCCAGAUCAAUCAUAUGCCACCCACGGCAGUGGGCAAAUGGAUUCAGUUGCCACCCCAGAGAACUCAUCAAUAUCAAUGGGGGAUGAUGAUUUUGAACAGACUUCCCAAAAGUGUAAAUCAGGAGGAGAUGAGUUUGAUGAAGAUGAACCUGAUGCCAAAAGAUGGAAAAUUGAAGGUGAAAAUGAGGGUAUAUCAGCUGCUGGUAGUAGAACAGUGAGAGAACCCAGAGUUGUUGUUCAGACAACCAGUGACAUUGAUAUCCUAGAUGAUGGGUACAGAUGGAGGAAAUAUGGGCAGAAAGUAGUCAAGGGCAAUCCAAAUCCAAGGAGUUACUACAAGUGUACGCACCCAGGAUGUCCAGUGAGGAAGCAUGUAGAGAGAGCCUCACAUGACCUAAGGGCUGUGAUCACAACCUAUGAGGGAAAGCACAACCAUGAUGUCCCUGCAGCCCGUGGCAGUGGCAGUCAUUCUAUCAACAGACCACUACCAAACAACACUGCAAACCCCACCAAUGCAGCCACUGCCUUAAGGCCCUCGGCAAUGACCCACCACACAAACAAUUCUUUUCAGAAUCAAAGACCACAAGCAUCAGAAGGGCAAUCACCCUUCACCCUAGAGAUGCUGCAGAGCCCAGGAAGUUUUGGAUUCUCAGGGUUUGGUAACCCAAUGGGGUCUUACAUGAAUCAGCAACAACUAUCUGAUAAUGUGUUUUCCUCCAGGGCCAAGGAAGAGCCCAGAGAUGACUUGUUCCUUGAUUCUUUGCUAUGCUGAAGCAUUUUUUUUGGGUAGUUAUGGAAGGUUGGAGGGAUUAGGAUUUUAUUUGACAAAUAAGAUAAGGUUCAUUCCAUUUAUUGCAUUUUUUAGUUUGUUUUGUUGUAAAUUUAUACAGCCAGGGGAUUGGUAUAGUAUAUAUUUCAUAACUAUUGUAUUCCA